CAUUUCGACCAUGACCGCAAUAAUUGUGUCACGGGUGGAGCGCCGAUUAUUGCAGCCUUAACCGGGUAUUCAAGAUCUCUCCCUUUCUGGGAUACGAAAGGAGCAUAAUCAGAAGUGCCAGGAUGGGCCAGACACUCCGCAGACUACAGGAACUUGAUCGUCUGGGGUACUGCGGCCCCACCGAACUGACAGAAGAACCCACCAAUAGUCCCCAUCUGCGCAAAAAAAGACAGACUGACCAUGUGAUUACAAGAUUCCCUAACAUUGAGGACCUUCCUCCAGAGCUCAGUCUAAACAUUCUCUCCCACCUCAAUGCCACUGAUCUUUGUCUAGCAGCGUGUGUCUGGGAAAAUCUAGCAAAUGAUGAAAUUCUCUGGCUUGGGUUAUGCCGAGACUCCUGGGGAUAUACUAGUGCCUAUAGAAAGAAGCCAACAGGUCUCACCUACAAACGUUUGUAUCUCCUGCUGGAUGAAGCCAGUCUCACUUUCAACUUUGAUCCUUUUGAGGGUGCAAGGUACUUGUUCCAACAUGGUCUACUGAACGACAACCCAACAGAGAUAGCCAGAUUCCUUCACCAUACAAAAAGGAUCCGACCUGCCAGGAAGAGAGAGUAUCUGGAUCAAAGGAGGGAUGCAUUAUCUAAGAUGGUGCAACUACAGAAUUUUGAAAACCAGUUUUUACCCAAUGCUCUCAGGAACUUUUUUGGUGAAGUAUCUGCACCUGAUCAAAGGGGAGAUUAUCUCACUGAUAUUAUAGAGAAGUUCUCCGAGCGGUUUUGCAACUGCAAUCCUCAGUUAGGUCUUUCUAAAGAUGCAGUGUUCGUGUUGUGUUUUUCUCUUAUCAUGUUGUCUGUUGAUCUCGCAAGUCCUCAUGUUAAAAACAAGAUGUCCAAGCGAGAAUUUAUCCGGAACACACGAAGAGCUGCUGAGGGUGUUAGUGAUGACCUUGCAGGUCAUCUCUAUGACAACAUAUACCUUAUCGGGCAUGUUGCUGCCGAAGACAGAUAACAUUGACUUUAAAGUUCUAGUGUUUUAAGGUCGGGCUAAGUUGUACAAGGGGUUUUGUUAUCUUGACAAAUAUGUAUGAGGUAGACACAACAUUUCAGGUUACUUUAAUAUCAGUUUAUUCUACAGACAAUGCCUUACUUUGUGAUUAGGAUCAAUAAAAUUCCAAACAGAGCCUUCCAUAUACUAGAUCAGAAAAUGUAGUGUUAUAUGAAUCUAUAGGUUUACAGUGUAAAGGAGAAUGGUUGUAAUAAUAAAACAAUUAAGAUAGUAAAGGGGGAAAAUCUGCAGUUUUUAAUUGAUAAAUCAUGUCUGUUUAUUAAGUUUGGUUUUCUUCUCAUUUAGAAAUGAUUAUAUAAGGGAAUGUAGGAAUAUUAUAAAUUGAAAAUGCCUGGGAGAAAUUUGCCUUUUUUAAAAAAUUAUGAAUAUCAG